UUAUAUAAUGUCCUGAGAGGCGGGAGGAAGGAGGCCACACUGACUGGCUGAGGGGGCGGAGACCGACCGACCGACCGAUAGGCAGGCAUUGAGCCCUGGCUGCAGCCGCCGCCACCGCCACUCGGGCCCUCGACUGCCGGUUCUAGCCCCCGCCCCCUCUAUCUGGUGGGUGGGCUCGGCCCAGCCUGGGCUCCAUGGAGGCUCCGGCCGCUCGCUCCGAGAUGCUGGAACUGGCCGACGAGGCUUUCCGGGCGAUGAACUACGAGCUGGCGGCCGAUAUCUACGAGUGCCAGCUGUUGGAGCUGGGCCCUGAGCGGGCCCUCUACCUAGGCAAGGCCGAUGCUCUGGCCCGCUGCUGCCGCUUCACCGAGGCCUUCGAGGCCUACCGCAGCGCCGCGGACCUGGAUCGGCUUCGGCCCGACGACCUGGGCGACCUCCUGGACUGUAUCGCCACCAAUGUCCGCCUGAAAGAGGCGCUGCCGCAGGCUGCGGGCCGGCUGCGGCACGGAGGCCCCGAGGAGGGGGAGGAGGAGGCCGCCUCGGAGCCUCUCAGUUGCCGAGUCUGCCUGGAGCUGCUCUUUGAGCCCGUGUCGCUGCCGUGCGGCCACACUUUCUGCCGGAGGUGUGUAAAGGAGGAGACGGUGACUGGGUGUAAAUUGUGCCGGCUGUCGCCGACCGUGCACCCAGGAGCCGCGGCCGCUUCCUCCUCCUCCUCGUCCUCGGCCAAGCCCGGACCACAUCUCGGGCUCAAUGUGGUUCUGUGUAACUUGUUGGAGAAAUGGUUCCCGUCGGAGUGCCGCGCCCGGCGGCUACAGCAGGAGGCGGCGGAGCUGGCAGAGCGCGGGGAUUACACGGUGGCCCUGGGCCUGUGUGAACAGGCGCUGUCUCUGGUACCUCAUGACUACUUGGUGAGAUGUUAUCGUGCUGAGCUAUAUGUAACUACAGGAAAAUACAAGGAAGCACUUUGUGAUGGAGAUGUAGCAUGUGCACUUAAACCACUAAAGACAAAGGCGCAUUUUUGGAAAGCUCAAGCUCUGGUUAAAAUGGGCAGAACUGAAGAAGCUUUAAAGGAGUAUAUAUACUGCAUUGCUUUGAAACCAGACUGGAAUUCUGUAAGACUCGAAGCACAAAAGAUAUUAUGUGAUAUGUUUUCACCUGUUUUGGAGAAUAUGCCAGAUACUCUACCAACCAACAAGCGACCACAGUCAUCUUGUUUAAGACCUAAACCUACUUUUCUCAGCACUUUUAGUCCCACAUCAGUUGCCAGAGAUGAUACAGUUGCUGCACCUUCUCAGGUUUUUUCCAAAAUGAACAAUAUUACAGCACCAGAACGAAAUACAUCAAGUCAAAUACUCACAAAGUCCAAGGCUACACCAGGUGAAACCUCUGUGCUCGUUGAAGCAGUUCCAUCUGGUUUUAGUAACGGCAACCAAAAGAGAAAGCUAUCAUGUGAGACAGAUCUCUGUGAGAGCAUCGAAACAACCAGCAAAAUGGCAAAAAAAGAUGAAUUUGUACCCUUGACAUUUGACAAUUUUAAAGCGUCAAGAGAGAUUCCCAGUGAACUUGUGGAUCCGUUCGAUUUUGAAUGUUCUCUCUGUAUGAGGCUAUUCUAUGAACCUGUCACUACUUCAUGUGGGCACACCUUUUGUUUGAAGUGUCUGGAGCGCUGUCUGGAUCAUAAUGCUAGCUGCCCACUCUGUAAAGAAAACUUAGCUGAGUAUUUGGUAACAAGAGCUUUCAAUAAGACGUUCUUGACAGAGGAACUCAUUAUUCAAUACCUGCCUGAAGAAUUAAAUGACAGAAGGCGACUUCACGAGGAAGAAAUGAAGGAACUGUCUAACCUAACUGAAGAUGUUCCAAUUUUUGUCUGCACCAUGGGCUUCCCAACUAUUCCAUGCCCUCUUCAUGUUUUUGAACCGCGUUAUCGACUGAUGAUUCGCAGGUGUAUGGAAACUGGCACCAAGCAAUUUGGAAUGUGCAUUGGAAAUGAGACUAAAGGGUUUGCUGAUUAUGGCUGCAUGCUCGAAAUAAGGGAUGUAAAGUUUUUUCCUGAUGGUCGUUCUGUAGUUGAUACAAUUGGCAAGAGUCGAUUUAAAGUUUUAAGCCAUGGCCAAAGAGAUGGUUAUAAUACAGCCAACAUUGAAUAUCUUGAAGAUAAAAAGGUGGAAGGAGAAGAGUAUCAUGAACUAGUCUGUCUGUCUGACUCCGUAUAUGACCAAGCUUUCACUUGGUUCAGUUCCCUCAAGGACAACAUGAGAACUCAAAUUCUGAAUCAUUUUGGACCAAUGCCUGGCAAGGAGCCAAUACCUCAGUCAAGUCAAAAUGGUCCUGCGUGGUGCUGGUGGCUGUUAGCUGUAUUACCUUUAGAAAGUCGUGCUCAGCUAGCUGUUCUCUCAAUGACCUCACUCAAAGAUCGCCUUAUUGCAAUUCGCCGUGUAUUGGUAUUUGUAACCCGACAACGGCUUCGAUCACUGUGAUAUUUGACUUGAUGGGAUUUUAAAGCUGCAUUCCAAAUGUUUUUGAAAAUUGUGUUUAUCAGUAUUAUCUUUUUGAUCUAAUCCAUAUAUGAAAAACAAAGUCCAAUCAACCAGGUUUAAAAAAAAUUGUUCAAAUUGUAUAAUUAAACUGGGUAGUGAGCCAUUCCUUUGAACACAUUAAGAAACCUACAGUCAAGAAGAUGUACUUGCAAUGGUCUGAGAAACGUGGGUUGGAACUGUUCUUUCUUCCCAGCUGUAGUAAGGCAGAGAUAUUGAUUGGAAAGUAGUUUCUUUUAAAUGUAGACUUCUCUGAAGUCAGUCCCUCCUAGUAAUUGCAAGUUUGCAUAACACAACUGUCCAUUGUAAAAAAAGUAGCAGACCUGGAAUGUAAAACAAAAAAAGGUGAAGUUCUGAGUAAAUGCUAUGUACAUGGAACUGAGUGAAUGGGACAAUUUGACCUGCUUGUACAAAAUGUUGAGAUUUGCAGUUUGAGAGUCCUGUCCAAUGUCUUAAUCGGAAUGUCUAGUGUGUUGAAAUUCAAAUCAGAAUGCAAUCAUUCUAUUCAAAUAUAAUGUUGAUGUACUGUGCAAAUGUUAUCAAACCACCAGUUCCACCUCUAGAAGUUACUAAUGCUUUCUUUAUGGAAUGGCAAGAAACUUGCUAGUAUUAAUGUUUGGGGUUAAUUGUAUCACUGCAAGCUGUGGGGAAAUGUGCUGCCUCUGAUUUGGGAGAGUUUGAUAUCAAAGUACUGGUGCCACAGGUUGAAAGCUUGUUGUUCCGUAGCGACAAUGGUUUGAAUUUUGCAGUCGUUGGUGGAUUAAAGGCUGUUGAACAAAGAUCUCUUUUGAAGCUAGCAAUCUCCAGCAAAACUUUUAAGUACUCCUUCUGUGUACAGUUGCUGAUAGUGUUAGCAAUUCCGAGACUGCAUCAGCAAGUUAUGCUACAUAAGCAGCCAGAGAUGUUAAAGCAUUCACAGGCAGGCAAUGAACCAACCAACCAACCAACCAGUCGAGAAGUACAAAGCUGUAAGAAUCAAAUUAGUUUUUCUUAAAAGAAAGUGAGUGUUAACGAUUAGGACACUCAAGAUUGAAGCUGAACUAUCAUGAGCAAACUUAGUUAUUUUUAAAUUUAGAAAUUAAUCAUAGUUUGGAGACAAGUAGUAAUGUUUCUCUUUUUUUUUAGGUUGAAUCAGUUGAUGGGUGAUUAUUACACCACCCUAACCCUAACCCUAUCCGACAUGGUUUAACGGGGUUUCCAAUGCAAUAUGAAAGCAGAAAAGGGAAUGCUUGGGAAAAUUCUCAUCAGAACAAUUGGUUUUGCUGAUUUGGUGAGGAAGGGAAUGGGAGUGGGGGAAAUACUGAAGUUGAACCACCUGUUGUCCUCCACCACCACCCCCCACCCCCACCUCAACAGUUACACUAAAUACUUCAGGCAUCAAUUUAAAGUCUUCUCUUCAAUCUCAAUACUACUGGUCAGUGCCUGUUCUCACCAGACCAACAGGUCUUGAUUAUUGUAGUAUAUGAUUUUGCUCAUUGCCAUUAAUUUUACUGCAGUAAAAUUGAUAUUGAGCAUUUUCAUUUUAUUUUCACUUGGAUUUGCAAUUGUUCUGUACCAUUGAGAAAGUGUUGUGUACGUGAAUAUCAAUUGGUUUUACUCCUGUAUUUGAGCCCAACAGUUUGGCUUUUUUUUGUUGGCCUAACAAAUUGUUCAUUGCUUUUCUGCCAUCAAGUUUAUCUUUGCUUGGUUGAGCAUAUGAAGACACUAUUUUGGGGAAUUUGCUUGAUCACCCUAUUUUCACUCUAUUGUGUGAUCUGACAACAGUGUCUUGGAUAUUUUUCUUGCACUUGUAAUUGUUGAAUUGAUACAUCUCUGGAAAACUUUUUUUUUGUUUUAUAAACAUUUUAUCAUGUAUUCAUGUUCCUUUUGAGUUUUAUUCCUAUUGUAAACAGAAAAAAAUUGUAAGUUUUAAUCUACUUAAUUGAUAUAGAAACAAAUGCAAAUAGCCAUUUCAUUUGGAAUUAACAAUUAAUUUCAAAGGACAAGCAUCUGUUUUCUGUUGCUUGUUAUACCAGAGAAGCUAUUUGAUUUGAGUGCAAUCUAGCUUCCACAUUCUGUGCCAUUAUUGUAUGCAGAUAUCUUGUUAUGAAUCUCUGUACCUUUUUUUUCUUUUACUGUUUUACACUUUAAAAUUAUUCUCCAGCUCUUGGCCAUUUUUAGUCUCUAUUUUUGAGUUAAACCACAGUGAUUCUUUACACUUUAACUGUAGCAAGAAAGAAAUUGCUUUACCAGUUUUUCCCCUCUCUCUCUCUGUCCUGGUGAUUUCUGACAGGGCUUUCUCUUUCUGCCCCUCCCCCACACCACCAAUUCAUUCCCUGUUUGAUAUUUUGGAAAUACUUAAUUUCAUAUGAUUUUUAUAUGGUAUAAAACACUGGCAAUCAUUUUGAGAUGUUUUAUUCUAAUUUCUAACAACCUCUGUCAAACAUAACCUGUUCUGAAAGGUAAUGAACAUUUUGGUUUGAGGUAAUGAUUGUGGUUUUUUUUUUAAAAAUCCAGUGUUACUGUGAAUUGUUAAACAGUAAUUAUGUUUUUAUUUCACAUGAAGAUUCUUCACCAGUUUGUAGUAUGAUUGAAUUUUUACAAUUUCAUAGGCAUUUUCAUAGAAACGUUGCUUUAAAGCAGCAAGCUUCUUGUAUUUGUUCUAAAAUUUAAAACCAAAAUGAGCAAAAUAUAUAUAUUUGUUACAAGAAAAUGGCUCACAUGAACGUUUAUCCAGAUAAUGUCACCUGAGAUUUAAGUUGUAUUCGUCUUUGGUGUUCGUUCUGGUAUGUGUUCUAAACUAAAUGGACUAUAUACAGAUGCAAAAUUUUGUUUUGCGCUGUUGUUAACACUUUAAAGAAUUUUCAAAUGUGGCUAUAUUAUCAUUACAAUUGCUGCCUGCUGAGCACUUUUUUUUUAUAAACGGCAGUAAUAUAUGCAAAAUAUCUGGUUUAGCACACUGAAACAUGGCAUCCAAAAGAAUUUACAAUGGUCAGAAGGAAUCUGGUAUUCAGUAUUUUAGCAAUGAAAAUAUGUCAGUGCUAGGCCCAGACCAGUUUACAUUUAUUAUAGUUGCACAUAUACUCCAACAUUGAACUUGAACUGGAAACUGAAUAAUGUUUUUUAUUACCAUCAACAAUCUGCCAGACAUUUCUCAUUACAGUUUGUUGUAUGUGACUAGAGGCCUUUUAAUCUAAGAUCCUUUUUAUUUACUUGUUAGAAUCUUUACACUGUGAGACAUGCUACCAUAAAAUAUUUUGAAUCAGUGUCUUUUCUCUUUCAGAAAUGGAUAAAGCAAUAUGCUGCAAUCUCUUUUGUCUGUGUGUAUAUAUGUAUGUAUUAUAUUAAAGUACAAAAUAUAUUUAUUUGGAUUAAAAACUUUAUGAAAUGAUC